AUGGUAUCCCUCACCAUUACUCAAUUCCAGUUUUGCAUUCCUCACAAGCCCAUUUCGUACUUGAGCGUCCUGUCCACCUAUCCAGUUUUGAAACCCAACACACGGGUUACGAUUACGAGGAAAAAAGCUUCGGAUUUGUGUGGGUUUUCUGGAAAAAGAAGUGAUAUUUCUGGGUUUCUUCAGCUUGGGAAGGCGAAAUUUAGGGAGAAUUCUUGGUGUUGUUGGUGCAAACAAAGUUGGGAGAGCGAGGGAGACUCUGAAUUGGAGGCGGAAAUCUUGGAAUUCAUGGAGAAAUCAGCUAAGCCAGGGGCAUUCCCCAGCAAGAAAGAGCUGGUGGAAGCAGGAAGGAUGGAUUUAGUGGAGGCAAUAAAGAACAGGGGCGGAUGGUUUUCAAUGGGUUGGGAGUCAGAAGAAGAGGAGGCAAAUGAAGGAGGAAAUUUUGCUGAAGGCGAGGAAUCCAAGCUAGAUUUUGAUCUGGAGGACUUCCAAAGGAGGGUGGAGUGCGUUAGGGAAACUGCUUCUUCCAAAGAAACCGACCAUGGUGAUUCACCUCCUUCUCCUGAUGCUAUGAAUAGCCCCUUUUCUGCUCAGCCUGCCUCCUCCUCUGGUAGAUCAUUAGAAAACGAGUUUGAAGAAGAUAGUGGCAUUGAUGGGAUAUUGAGUAGGUUGGAGAAGGAAAGGAACUCAUCUUUUGGUAUCAAUAUGUCUGUACAUCGAGGUUAUCCUUCAAGCCAAGAUAGCGGGAACGGAAAACAUCCUGGAACCUCCGCAUAUGUUGGUAGGAGUAAAGAAGAUGGAAACACUGGCCACUAUACCAAACCAGAUAAAAUAAAUAAUGGAGAUGGAAAACAUAGUCAGUAUACUAAACCAGACUCUUGGAGAAAUUGGAGCCUCAGUCGUGCUGAUUUUAAGGAUAUAGAAUUUGAAGCCGGUGAAAUCUGUUUUGGUAACAACCAAAUGCAAAAUCAGGAAGAAAUCUCAAUUCGUGAGAAUGAUGCGGCAUCAACAGAAGCUUUGCAUAAGUGGAAUCUGAAUAGUGACCCUAUUGAAAUUCGCCUUCAAGACCUCCAACAGGAGCUCUCCUCUGCACUUCACUCAUUGAAGUCUGGAAAUGAGGAGAUAAAUACGGUAAAUGUUCUUGGCAACUCUCGUGAUGAUUUCCAGUCGCUAUCUGAUGCAUUGGAGUUCCAGCAAAAUGAAUUCAUGAGUUCUCAGGAGAACUUACGGUCAAUUCGUGCAAAGUUAGCUGUUUUAGAAGGGAAAAUGGCAUUAGCUAUUCUAGAUGCCCAAAAGAUACUGGAAGAGAAACAAUUGAGAAUUGAUGGUGCUCGCAGAAGCUUGGAACUUCUUCGUUCUGCGUACAUAGUGUGGCCUAAUUCAGCUUCAGAAGUUCUUGUAGCUGGAUCAUUUGAUGGUUGGACAACUCAGAGGAAGAUGAGAAAAUCCGAAACAGGAAUUUUUUCUCUGUGCCUUAUGCUGUAUCCCGGGAGAUACGAGAUCAAGUUUAUUGUUGAUGGUAAAUGGAGAGUGGAUCCCCUGCGCCCCAUUGUCUUCAGCAACGGAUAUGAAAAUAAUCUUCUUAUUGUACCAGAGAAGCCAUCUCAAAAUUCUAACUACUGA